CAUAUUCACUAAGACUUUAGCUCCGGUUUGCAGGAUGGAUAUACUGUCUUCUGUAGUUGGAACUUAUGUAAACUGGGAUGUCAAAAGUCUGCUUCUCUUUAUUGUAAUUUUUAUUCUCACUGUAGAUUAUAUUAAGAACCGGCAACCGGCUAGCUUCCCUCCAGGACCAUGGGCUCUACCUAUCAUUGGCAACAUUUUCUCUGUAGACCACAGCAGGACCCAUGAGAGUCUGACACAGCUAGCAGGGAAAUAUGGAGAUGUGUUCAGCCUGAGAAUGGGUCAGGAGUGGAUGGUGGUCUUAAAUGGGCAUGAGGUUCUGAGAGAGGCUCUUGUAAAUCAGGGGGACAGUCUGGCUGACCGCCCACCCCUCCCUCUUUUAAUGGACAUGUGCCAUGGUCUUGGUGUUAUUUUAAGUAAUGGACACUUGUGGAAGCAGCAGAGGCGUUUCGCUCUUUCAACUCUCAGAAAUUUUGGACUUGGCAAGAAGACACUUGAACCUGUGAUUCUGGAUGAAUUAACAUAUUGUUUAAAGGAAUUAAAGAGCAAUGAAGGUAAGCCUUUCAAUCCACACCUCCCCAUAAACAACGCUGUCUCCAACAUCAUCUGCUCUCUGGUUUUCGGGCAUCGCUUUGAAUACACUGAUGAGAAGUUCAGGACACUGAUAAGGGACUUUGAAAUGCUGCUUCACUGUGAAACAUCAAUUGACUCACAGUUUUACAACUCAUUCCCUAAGCUGAUGAGAUAUAUACCAGGGAAACAUCAGACGUUCCUGAACUUGUGUAGUGAUGUAAAGGCCUUCAUAAGAGAAGAGCUUAAGGAUCACAAGCAACACUGGGACCCUUCAGACCAACGAGACUACAUCGACUGCUACCUGAAUGAGAUACAGAUGAACAAGGGGAGGGCAGACAGCACUUUUGAUGAAGAGAACUUGGUAGAAUGUGUCUUAGAUCUUUUUGUGGCCGGUUCUGAAACCACAUCCACCACUCUCCGCUGGGCUUUCCUCUUCAUGGCAAAAUACCCUGAAGUCCAGGCUAGAGUCCAGGGUGAAAUAGACAGAGUUAUUGGACAGUCCAGGCCACCAUCAAUGGAAGAUCGUGUAAACCUGCCCUAUACUGAAGCAGUCAUCCACGAGGUCCAGAGAAUGGGCAACAUAGUUCCUCUCAGUGUCCCACAUAUGACCAACAAAGAUAUUCAACUGAGAGGCUACACUAUCCCAAAGGGGAUCACAGUCAUUCCCAAUUUGACCUCAGUCCUAUUUGACAAGAACGAUUGGGAGACACCCUUCACCUUCAACCCCAGACACUUUCUGAAUGAGGAGGGCAAGUUUGUAAAGAAAGCUGCUUUCAUCCCUUUUUCUGCAGGAAAGCGGCAGUGUCUUGGUGAGAACCUUGCAAAGAUGGAGCUUUUUCUUUUUUUCACCUCAUUCAUGCAGCACUUCACCUUCUCCAUGCCUGCUGGGGUGAAACCAGUGCUGGACUUCGUCUUUGGGAGCACUCUGGCUCCAUGUCAUUAUGAAAUCUGUGCAACCCCACGCAUAUAAAAGAUGUGGUUGACAAAGAAUACCCCGCACACCAUCUUGCUUUUUGUUUUUAUUGAAACUAGGGCCAUUAACAUUAACGCAUUAACGCCCGUGAUUAAUCUUGAAACC